AUCAGGGAGGCAGCCGAAGGGGCAGUUCAUCUUCUUACAUCUUUUCCUCAUCUACAAUCCCCUCUACCCGUCCUGUAUGGUGGAUAUUAUUUUCAGCUCUUCUUUCUUGGGUGAUAUGGGGGAUCAUUCCAAAAAGAAGCCAGGAUUCGCGAUGUGUGUUGGAUGUGGAAGUCAGAUCCAUGACCAGUACAUACUGAGAGUCUCUCCCGAUCUGGAGUGGCACGCAGCCUGUCUAAAGUGUGCGGAGUGCAGCCAGUACUUGGAUGAGACCUGUACUUGUUUCGUCCGGGACGGCAAAACCUACUGCAAAAGAGAUUAUGUAAGGCUGUUUGGAAUUAAAUGCGCAAAAUGCAACCUGGGGUUCAGCAGCAGCGAUUUGGUGAUGAGAGCUCGGGAUAACGUGUACCACAUCGAGUGUUUUCGGUGCUCCGUGUGCAGCAGGCAACUGCUGCCGGGAGACGAGUUUUCUCUCCGGGAAGAGGAGCUGCUGUGCCGGGCGGACCACAGCCUGCUGCUGGAGAGGAGCUCCGCAGGAAGCCCCGUCAGCCCCGGACACAUCCACUCCAACAGACCGCUGCACCUGGCAGCAGAUCCUGUAACGGUGCGGCAGGCUCCGCAUCGGAACCACGUCCACAAGCAGUCGGAGAAGACAACGCGGGUCAGGACGGUGCUGAACGAGAAGCAGCUCCACACGUUGCGGACCUGCUACAACGCCAACCCGAGGCCGGACGCGCUGAUGAAGGAGCAGCUGGUGGAGAUGACUGGCCUGAGCCCAAGGGUGAUCCGGGUCUGGUUCCAGAACAAGCGCUGCAAAGACAAAAAGAAAUCUAUCCUCAUGAAGCAGCUCCAGCAGCAGCAGCAGAGCGAUAAGACUGUAAGCAUCUUCAGCCUGCAGGGCCUCACGGGGACGCCACUUGUGGCUGGAAGUCCUAUUCGACACGAGGGAAACGUGCAGGGAAACCCAGUGGAGGUUCAGACCUACCAGCCUCCAUGGAAAGCUUUGAGUGAAUUCGCCCUGCAGAGCGACCUGGAUCAGCCAGCUUUUCAACAACUGGUGUCUUUCUCUGAAUCGGGAUCUCUCGGGAACUCCUCGGGCAGCGACGUGACUUCUUUGUCUUCUCAGUUACCGGACACCCCGAACAGUAUGGUACCCAGCCCGGUGGAGACGUGAAACGGGGCCCUCCAGACCUAAUGGUCAUCCCUCCUGCAAGGACAGUUGCAGCAUGAUCCCGGUCCCUUGCAUGUGACCAACUCAUCACAUCGCCCGAAAUUUCAGUGGGGAGAGCAUUUUUUUUCCUGACACGCAGAAGUUGGAACCAAGAAAGCACCGAUUGACUCCGACUUUUCUUUUUCUUUUUUUCUUUCUUUUUUUCCCGGAGUUUUCAUUGACAAAAAACUAAGCAGAACAAUUGUUGCAUGACUUGAUACGGAGAACGAAGAUGUACAGAAUACCUCCCGAUGGAUAUAUUACAACAAACCAACCCUCAGAAACAAAUUGGAAACAUUUCCACGGUGAUCCAGAUGGACAUCUUGCAAUUUAAUGUGAUCAUAUUGUGUCUUGUUUUUUUCAACAUGAGAAUUUUUGAUACAUUCAUUUCGUUGUCGAGUCCAGUUGACUUUUUGUCUUAAGGUCAGAGCAUGAUAAUCUGCAAAGUAUUCGUGUUGUAAAAUAUUUUAUCUUAAGGGCAAGAUACAGGUUGUUUGAGCUUCUCGAACAAAAAGUAAAUUAUUGUUAUAUUAUUUAUUGUUAGGAAAGCGAUUCGCUAAGGGAUUAUUAACUGAGAAAAAAAUAAAAACACUGAAUACAUAAAGUGU